GAAGAACAACGCUCUGAAAGCUGUGCGGGAGCUGCAGGCCCAGCUGUCAGAGCUGCAGGAGGACCUGGAGUCAGAGAAGGUGUCCAGGAACAAGGCAGAGAAAGUCAAGAGGGACCUCAGUGAGGAGCUGGAGGCUCUGAAGACUGAGCUGGAGGACACUCUGGAUACCACCGCUGCCCAGCAGGAGCUCAGGACCAAGCGAGAGCAGGAGGUGGCUGAGCUGAAGAAGGCCAUCGACGAGGAGACCAAGAACCACGAGUCUCAGGUCCAGGAGAUGAGACAGAGACACUCCACYGCCCUGGAGGAGCUGUCUGAGAAUUUGGAGCAGGCCAAGAGGUUCAAGUCCAACCUGGAGAAGAACAAGUGUACCAUGGAGAGUGACAACAAGGAGCUGGUGAGCGAGGUGAAGGGGCUUCAGCAGGCCAAGACAGARUCAGAACACAAGAGGAAGAAGAUGGAGGCUCAGCUGCAGGAGUUCAUGGCCCGAGCCACCGAGGGAGAGAGGGCUAAAGUAGAACUGGCCGACCGCACACACAAACUACAGACGGAACUGGACACUGUCUCCGCCCUGUUGGAGGACGCUGAGAAGAAGGGAAUCAAGCUGGCCAAGGAUUCAGCAGGCCUGGAGAGUGCGUUACAGGACACACAGUCUUAUGUAACUGGUGGUUAA